AUGGUUAUUCUGGAAGAAAGUGAAUUUGGGCAGCAAGGGUAUCAGCUUUGGUUUGAGAUGUUUGUAUUCAUCGAUAUGAUCUGCUGUUUCCUCAUCAUAUUCCCCAUUAUAUGGUCCAUGCAUCAUCUGUCAGAGGGUGCGCGAAGUGAUGGAAAAGCUGCCUUCAACCUCGAAAAACUUCGACUUUUCCGGCAUUUUUACAUGAUUGUGAUAUCGUAUGUGUAUUUAACCAGGGUUAUCAAGUUACUGCUGCAGUACGCCUUGCCUUUUGAUCAAGAAUGGGUGACUGACGCAAUUGUUGAGUGUUCCACACUCAUAUUUUUCAUACUAGUCGGAAUACUGUUUCGUCCGCAACCGGCGAAUCCUUACCUGAAGCUCAAUCAAGACACCGAUGAUGAAGAGGAUAUCUCGUAU